CUUAUACUAUUUUUUAUUUAUUUAUAGUUAACAAACAUAAAUUAUUUCGCAUUUAGCCCAUUUGAUGAUUGAACAAUCGAGAAAGAUAGAGGAGCAGAGUGCUUUAGCUGCUUGAGAUAGAUCGAGAGAAAUGGCGACAGAAGGAGCUUCGGAGCAAUCACUAUGGCAAGGAUUCAAAGAUUUCUGGAGCGAGAGAUUUAGGAUCUUGGAUGGUUAUCACCCUUACAUCCGCCGCCAAAACCCUCUUCCGUCAUGGUCCUCCUCCGAUGUCGAAGAAUUUAUCGCUUCCGAUCCCGUCCACGGUCCCGUCCUUAAGACAACCCGUGAUGCUGUGAAAUUUCUUGCUGUUGGAGGCAUACUUGGAGCUGUGUCAACUGGUGGAUUUGCAUGGAAAUAUUCAAAAAGUCCCCAUGGUGCAGCGUUGUCAUUGGCAGCAGGAGCAGUGUUUGGGAUGAGUUUUGGGCAAGAAAUUGCAAAUCACUCUCUUCAGUUAUACAGGUUGGACACCAUGGCUGCCCAGGUCAAGUUCAUGGAAUGA